CCACCAUGCCGCGGCCCGUGGCCUUCCUCGCGCCCGUCCUCCUCCUCCUCCUUGGCGGGCCGGGCCCCUGUCUCGCCGCUGCCCGCAACCCCCCAGGGGUGGAGUGUGUCCUCUUCAACGAGGAGUACAUGACCUGCACGUGGGGGAGCAGGGAGACGCUCACAACCAACUACUCCCUCUACUACUGGUACGAGAACCGGUCGCCCGUGGUGGAGUGCAAGCACUACCUGCAGGACCGGGGCGUCAGCGUGGGCUGCCGCUUCAACCAGAGCGAGAUCAUCCAGUUCCAGCCUUUCCGCGUCCACGUCAACGCCAGCCUCGAUGGCAAGACCCUCGAGAUCCCCAGCGAGCGCAUGGAGCUGCAGGACCUCGUGAAACCGGAGGCGCCCGUCAACCUGACCAUCCACAACCUGAGCAGCAACCAGCUGCAGCUGACCUGGAGCUCCCCGUACCCCAAGGCCCAGUGCCUGGAGCACGCCGUCAAGUACAAGAGCAACAAGGACACCACGUGGACGGAGCACAGGGUGAAAGGAGAAAUCUUCUCCUUCCCCAGCGUGGAUUACGAGAAGUACUACACCUUCUACGUGCGGAGCAAGAUCAACAGCUACUGCGGCAGCACCCAGCUCUGGAGCGAGUGGAGCGUUCCCGUGGUCUGGGGCAGCAACGCCACCAGUAAGAGUAGGCACCGCGGAGCAGCUGCACUGGUUCUGGAUCCACACGGUCCUGGUCCCCAUCACCUCCUGUCUGCUCCUGCUGGUCCUCGUCGUCUUACUGGUCCGCAUGGAAAGGGUGUGGGUCAUCCUCAUGCCCAGGAUCCCCAAUCCCAGCAAGAACUUCGACGAGCUCUUCAUCACCCACAAAGGCAACUUCCAGGAAUGGGCCGGAGUCCCCAAAGACGUCGUGGAGAGCUUCAAGCCCAACUACAGCGAGAGCAUCUGCUACGUGAGCGAGCUGCCCCCCAAGGAGAGCUACGAGCCCCUCAGAGAGGGCAGCGACCAGCAGCCGGCCGUGCCCGGGGCCCCCGCCGGUCCCCGUGAGCCCGGCCCCUAACAGAGCAGCUACGUGGGAGCGUGACGCCCGCUCCUGCGCCCGUGCUGCCCGCCGGCACCCCGCUGCCGGCACCCCUGCAGCCCCACAGCGCUCUGCCCCCCGCCCCCCCCUUGCCCCUGCCAAACGCCCCGCGCUCGCCCUCAGCUCCCUGCUGGCCCUGCACACGCAGCAGAUGCUGUGCAGAGCACUGGGUGCACGGCGCAGAACACUGGGUGCGCCGCACGGAGCACUGGGGGCACUGGGUGCGCCGCGCGGAGCACUGGGUGCACUGCACGGAGCGCUGGGUGCGCUGGGCGCAUUGUGCAGCGUGCACUGCGCGCACCGGCGCAGGCAGGAGCGGGGGUGCACAGCGGGCGUCCAGGAGCCCCCGUGGCAGAAGUGCAGCACCGGGCAUCGUUUCCGACUCUGUAACGAGCGGCUCAGCCUCGCGGCUGCAAUAAAACUCCGCUGCG